AUGAAUAUCAUUGAUAUGUUCACGACUACGAGUGCACCGAAAUUUAGUUCUAGCAUUGAUUGUACACUCAGUUUUACUAAUAUCAAACUAUACGCAGCGCUGGCCUGUAUUAACUGGAUGUUCAUCGAAGGCUUAUUACUUCACAGUCGCAUAACUAUAUCUAUAUUCAGAAAAGAUGCGCCCUUUAAGCUAUACUACUGUGUGGGUUGGGGUGAGUCCUCUUUAGUCAAUUGA